AUGACAAUCAAGCACAAGUGUAAAGAAGCAUAUGAUUUAGUUCAAAGUUACCUAAAUGAUCGAAGUCAUACCACGGUAAAGCCUGGUUACAUAUCCCAACCUCAGGUGCAAUCGUCAGUGAAGCAAAAGAUCCAACAAUCACUCCAGAUUCUACGAGAAACUUUGAAAGAUAAUAUCAAUGAAAUUUCCAUUAGUUAUAAUGGAGGGAAAGAUUGUUUAGUAAUGUUGAUUCUAAUAUUAUCCACCAUCCAUGAAUUGGGCUUGGAUGUAAAUGAAGAUUUCAAGUUACCGUCAGUAUACAUCAAUAAUGACGAACCAUUUAUGGAAGUGAAUAAAUUCAUUACCGAUUCCACCAAAUACUAUCACCUCGAUUCCACCAUAAUCAAGAGUGAUCUCAAAUCUGGUUUUCAAAAAUACUUAUCGGAUAACCCCAAUAUCAAAACUAUCAUUGUAGGUAUCAGAUAUUCAGAUCCCUAUGGAUCCGAAUUAACUUAUAAGCAAGAAACAGAUCAUAACUGGCCAAAAUUCAUGAGAAUUCACCCUAUCUUGAACUGGACAUAUGUUGAAAUAUGGGAAUUCAUAGUCGGCUGUGGAUUAGACUAUUGUUGUUUAUAUGAUAAAGGAUAUACCAGUUUAGGGGGAGUCCAUAAUACCGUUAGAAAUCCCCAAUUGAAACAUGGUGAGGAUUAUUUACCGGCUUAUAUGUUAACAGACAAUGCUGAUGAAUACGAAAGAUUGGGGAGAAAUAUAAAUAGAAGUUAA